AUGGUCUUCUCAUCCCUCACCCAAGGUUCCAUGGGUCCUCCCGAUCCACGCCACAAAUCUCGGUGCCAAGAUGCCGUACUUUCUCACUCCUUUUCGGCCCUAGAACCUUCGGCGACGGACAGGCAAGCCGCCCGUCCCGGCCUGGCAACCGCACAAGCGCACUCCCCCGGGUCCUUGACCAGCCUCCCCACAGGGCAUCCACUAAUGAUCAUUCAGCCCGCACAGGGAUGGCGUGCGGUAAAGUCCGCUCAAGCCGGUUCUUCCGACGCCACCGCCCAAGAAAACACACGAGGCAGGUCUCGAGUGUCAGGCGGCAGUGCGGAGGGCGUAGAGGGAUCGUGA